CACUGGCGGCCCGGCGGCCUGGCGGUAAUGAGUCUAUGUAUAGUUAGGAAGCUGCCGCCCAUGUGACUGCCUGCGCUGGUAUGCGCAGUUGGCAGGCGGCGCGGCCGUGGUCUCAGUCGCGUUCCCCCCGUCGUUCUCGCGCUCUCGCUCGCUCUCUCUGCCCUUUCCUGGUGCGUUGUGGGAAAUGUAACUGCCGGCGACUGGAGGCAGAGCCCUGGGCAGCGGCACCAUGAAUGUGUGCAACAGUACUGAUCUCCCAGAGGUGGAAAUCAUCAGUCUUCUGGAGGAGCAGCUGCCCCACUACAAGCUGAGAGCGGACACCAUUUACGGGUAUGACCACGACGACUGGCUGCACACGCCGCUCAUCUCGCCCGACGCCAACAUCGACCUCACCACCGAGCAGAUCGAGGAGACCCUGAAGUACUUCCUUCUAUGUGCUGAAAGAGUGGGCCAGAUGACUAAGACUUACAAUGACAUAGAUGCUGUGACACGUCUGCUGGAAGAAAAAGAGCGGGACUUGGAGCUGGCUGCCCGAAUUGGCCAAUCGCUGCUGAAGAAAAACAAAACCCUGUGUGAGAGAAAUGAGUUCCUGGAGGAGCAGGUGGAGCACAUUCGGGAAGAGGUGUCUCAGCUGCGGCAUGAGCUGUCUAUGAAGGAUGAGCUGCUUCAGUUCUAUACCAGUGCAGCUGAGGAGAGUGAAGGGGAGUCUACCACCUCCACCCCGAUCCCGCGUAAUGAGUCCACGUCCUCCCUACCGAGUUAUUUUCCCCUGGACUCUCUGCAGAAGAAACUCAAAGACUUGGAGGAGGAGAAUACUGUCCUCAGAUCCGAGGCCUGUCAUCUGGAGACAGAGACCAUCUCAUAUGAAGAGAAGGAGCAACAGUUGGUGAACGACUGUGUCAAAGAACUCCGAGAUGCCAACCUGCAGAUCUCGUCCAUCGCCGAAGAGCUGGCGAAAAAGACGGAGGAUGCUUCCCGCCAGCAGGAGGAGAUCACGCACCUGCUGUCCCAGAUCGUGGACCUGCAGAAGAAGUCCAAAUCUUAUGCAGUGGAAAACGAGGAGCUCACUCAGCACCUGGGAGCUGCUAAAGAUGCACAGCGGCAACUCACAGCAGAGCUGAGGGAGCUGGAGGAGAAGUAUGCUGAGUGCAUGGAGAUGCUCCACGAAGCGCAGGAGGAGCUGAAGAACCUUCGCAAUAAAACACUGCCACUGAGCACGCCCAGACGCUUCCACUCGCUCGGCCUCUUCCCCAUGGACUCGUUAGCUGCAGAAAUCGAGGGUACAAUGAGGAAGGAGCUGCAGAUGGAUGACCCAGAAGUGGAAGAACAGAAAAUGCAACACAGGCGAGUUUUCGAGGCAGUGAAGAACAUCAACCAGACGGUCAGGCAGCGAUCCCUCGGCCCCUCCCCCAUGAACAUCCCGGGAUCCAAUCAGUCGUCCUUGCUCAACUCCGCCCGCUCCAGCUGCAUCAGCACACCCCGCUCCAGCAUGUACGGCAGUGACGUCGUCAAUGACAACCGUGCCAACAGCAUCAUUCUGGAGAAUGAGUCUCCAGAGGGAAGUGUGGACGACUCCAACAAGAAGCCGGGCACGCCGGGGACGCCGGGCUCGCAGGACCUGGAGACGGCGCUGCGGCGGCUCUCGCUGCGGCGGGAGAACUACCUGAGCGAGCGGCGCUUCUUCGAGGAGGACCGCGAGCGCAAGCUGCGCGACCUGGCCGAGCACGGCGGGCUGUACAGCGGGAGCCUCACCCCCACCGAGAGCAUCAUGUCCCUGGGCACCCACCUGUCGGGCCUCUCCAGCCUGUCGGGCAUCUCGCUGCACAGCCGCUCCUACCUGCCCGAGAAGCUGCAGAUCGUCAAGCCGCUGGAAGGCUCGGCCACUCUGCACCACUGGCAGCAGCUGGCGCAGCCAAACCUGGGGGGGAUCCUGGACUCGCGGCCGGGCGUGGUCACCAAAGGCUUCCGGCCUCUGGAGCUGGACCUGGAGGAGGUCUACCAGUUCACCGACUUUGAGGAGGAUGAGUCAGGUGACCUUUCGUUCCCGAGCCUUUCUACCUCAGCCCCCGCCCCCCCACGGUGCCGCAGCCGCGCCUCCUCUCCCUCCUCUUCCUCCAGCUGCGUCAACAACAACAACAACCCCCCCGAAGCGUCCAAGAGCGCCCCCCCGCCCGACGCCCUGGAGCCGCAGGAGCCGCGCCUCGGCGCAGAGGAGCUGUCCGUGCAUUACCCCGGUAAAUGUAUGUCUCACACCAGCUCUACCUACACCUUCACCACCUGCCGUAUCCUUCACCCGUCGGAUGAGCUGACUCGGGUCACACCCAGCCUUGCCUCCGGCCCAACGGCGUCCUGCGUCAUGUCCAGCAGUCUCAAGUCCACCCCAGUGUCCACGCCCCGCCGCCUCAGCCUGGCCGAGUCCUUCACCAACCUGCGCGACUCCACGAAGACCAUGAGCACCUCCCUGGGGCUGGUGCGCCUCCUGCAGGAGCGGGGGAUCUCUGCGGCCGUCUACAACCCGCAGAGCUGGGACCGGGCCGACGCCCCCGACGCUUCCCCUGCCGCCCCCGCGGUCCCCCGGGGGCCCGACACCCUGCCCUCCACCCCGCCCAACUCGCCCACCGGCCAGUCCCAGGCCACGCCCUCCCCCGCGGCCUCCGCCCCCUUCCAGUUCGGCAGCUCCUCCUCCCCCUACGACAACUUCCUGGCCUCGCGGCCGGCCAGCUCCAUCCUGCGGGAGGUGCGGGAGGAGGCCCGGGGCCAGGCGGACUGCGAGAGCCAGACCGACGUCAGUGUUCACAACCUCCGGCUGGUGGACAAGCUCAAGCGCUUCGGCGUGGCACAGACAGAGGAGGCGGGGCCCGGGGCCGUGGGCCACGCCCCUUUGCUGGGGCCGCUCAGCGGACUGCGCCGGCCCCGCCCUCUCUUCGGACACCCUGCGGUGACCAGCACCAUCGGAGGGCUCCCCGCCCUGAAUGCCGGAAUUCGCCGGAACCGCAGCUACCCAGCCAUGGUGGGGGCCAGUAUGGUAAUGAAGGGCCCUGGGCCCCCGAGUUCUGACACGCCCCUGCAACCCAAGCUCCCCAAACAGACUAGCCUCAAAUGAGGGGUACGUGUGGCCCUUCUGUGUCGGCUCCUAACUCUGUACACGUCCGCUGCUUCAGUGAUGAAUCAGCUCUGUGCCUCAAAGACAUUCUUUUGGUAUAACCCCCUCCCCCCUCCCUCCUCCCACACACACUAAACCCUUCUGCACACAGUAUGUACUGUUCAGCACCCUUAUGCAUUCUGAGGUCUUUCUGGUCUUGCUGUAAAUUGUCCAGAGAUGGAUUCCUGCUGACUAUCCUCCUCUCUGGGGGUCUCCGUUGUACGCCCUGUGUAAAGCACUUUUAUUCCCAGGCUCAGCCGUGUGGAGAAGCAGUCUGCGUCUGGCCCAUUUCUGUAGUGUAGCUCCUCCCUUCUCCCCCUGCCCCUCCGUGUGGCCAUUUCCACUUUGAGCACACGACACAGUGCACUCAGUGUGAGUCAGUGUGAGCACCUUACUGAAUCUCACACUGUGAACUCAGCCCCUGAGGAUUAGUGUGAUGUGUAUUAUGUCCAGUUUGCACAUAUCGGUCCCAUUGAAAAAGUGUUGGGAAUUGCAUAUCAGCUCCUGCCUAUCCUGUUAUGAUGUCACUCACCCAAAGUAACGUCUACAUAAUGAGUGGAAGCGGCCACAUUGGAGUGAAGGGGGUGGAGACGGGACGUUUGCAGUGAAUGAACGAAUGUGGUUUGAACUUGAAAACACAAGCCUAUCUAUUUUUGUGACAGACCAACGUAAAUUUAUGUGUGUAUAUUAUGUUUUAAUGAAAGGCUCAUAAAGAUAUCAAAGACUUGAAUCAUAUUAACUGUUAAGAAUCAAAAAAGGAUAUUUCCAUCCAAGUAUAUUAUACUUGUGAUGGUGACUGUAGAGGCCAUCAGAUAGCCUGUGUGAAAAAUGAAAAUGCAAGUUGCCAAAAGUGUUUGAUGACUGAAUCAUUAGCUUUAAAACCAUUGUGAAUGGUGAAUAUAAUAGCAGGACUGAAGUGAUGUCAUAGUGCCUGAUAGAUUAUUUAAUUCUUAUUGGACUGACUUCUGUGCAGUACAUCAAUCCCAGAAUGCAGUGCACCUUGCAUUGCUUGUUAGUUGUGCUAUGAGGUGACCUUCAAAAUAUUUUAACAUUGGUCUAAAAAAAUCAAAACAUUUCACCUUACAUUUAUGUUUGAAGUAAACAAAUGUAAGCAUAGCGGUGUUUGAAAGUAUGUUUCUAUACUUUCGAUAACAAUAGUGUAAAGACUAUUUAUUCUUUAUUUACUUAAAUGUUUUAGUACAAACAAAAGAGAUUUGUGAGCUGAUGUUGUGUGUGCACUUAUCGUCUGUAACUUGAAUAUCUUUUGAAUGUAUUUGAUAACAGCAGAUAUGUCCAUACAUGUACAUUGAAUUACGUGAUGAGUUUUAUUGCAUCGCACCACAAAGGGAAGUCUGCUACUUUACAUUGAAAAUGAGAAGUAUGCAAUGAAAUGUGUCAUGUUAACUUUUUAUAAAAAAAUAACAAAAAUAUGAAAAGAGUAAAAAAAGUUACAAUCUUUAAAAAAAAGUCAAAAACACUGGUUCCAAGUGUUGAGUUGUACUUUCAGGAAUUUCAGAUGCUGUUCUCAGAAAAUAAAAUAUCAAUAAAACAAUUGAUAUGA